AUGCCACCAAAGCGAGGCAUCAAGAGAAAGGGCGCUGAGAGUCCUGAGCUCUCCGACGGCAUGCCCGAGUUUGGAGGCCCAGAUAAUUCCAAAAGGCUCUACCAUAGGGAUUUUGAGGAUUGGGCCAGACAAAUGGCCAAGAUCAAUCGUUUCGAAGCCGCCCAGUCCAAGGAAAUUGUCAAGAAGUUCUCUCAGAAAGCCGAAAAGCAUAAGAAGCAAUUAGAAGAAUAUUUGAAGGAUCAGGAGGAGGCCCUUAAGAAGCAUCACCAGCGAUUCCUCGCAGCUUACAAGAAGGUCUACUCCUCAGUAGCAUCCGUACCGCCAACUAGAAACUCGGCCAGCAAGCAGGCAAAGCAUGAUGUACCCGAAGACGCAGACCUACUUCGUCAGGCCCAGGGUAUUGUUGCUGGCUGUCGCUUGCUCAUCCAAAGUUACAAGGACACGGACGAAGACCUGAAGACGCAGAAAAUUGAGCUGCCUACGGCGACUUGGAGCAAGGACAAGCAGGAUAUCAAGGAACUCCUAAACUGCGGACGCGAGCACGGUGAAAGGAUCAUCGAGGGCCUGCUCGCACCCCACACAUACUCAGCGAGUGAGGGUCACGAGAAGCUGGGUGGACACGAGCAGGCGGCAGCGGAGCUCUUUGCGGAGAGCCGCAAGAAGAUUGGUGAGGAUUGCUGGGGCAGCGUCGCCUUUGAGCAGAUCGAGGGUUUCAAGGGCUUAACAGAGACCAUGGCACCACGCCGCGAGCGAUGA